AUGGCGUUUGACGCACAGGGGCCCCUAGGGGCCCUCGGGCUAAAGGGCCUCUCCUUGGCGCCUCCAGGGCUUGGAGGGCCAUGGCCAGCGCCUCCGAGGGGGCCCCCCUCUGCAGCAGCGCGGAGCAGAGCGUCUGCGCGACGAGGCCCCUCCAUGGGGAGUGGGGGGCGACGAUGGAUCUCCGGCGCAACCGAUGCUCCGUCCACGAGAGCUGCAGCGGCAGCAAGGGCUGCCAUGCUGCAGCAACGGCGAGGUAUCGCGGGCAUCGCGCCAGUCACGCGCAGUUCAGUGGAAGCGCCUCGAGGAGGAGGCGUUUUCGGAGGAGGCUCCUCCGAGUCUGGUGUCGGAGCAGGCUCCGCUGAGGCUCUUGAGGGCCUCGUAGCCUCUCCUGGGUGCCCCAGGGUGCGCCAAGUACUACUGGAGGCGCUCCAGCGGCUCAAGAGGAAGGAUAAAAAGCAAUACUUUGCGGUUGCUGUGGAUCCUAAGCUAGUUCCUGACUACGAAUCAGUGGUGACAAACCCGAUGCAUUUCGAAGCAAUACGAGAGAAAGCCGAAAAGGGCCUCUAUCAGGAAUUCUCCGAGUUUGACGCGGACGUGGCGCUGAUUGUCUCGAACUGUCGGCUGUACAACCAUCCAGACACCCCCUUUUGCCGUGCUGCAGCAUUGGUUGAGGCCUGUUGGGAUAAAUUCAGGGAGCGCUUCAGGGCCAAGUUUGGUGCGGCGCGAGCGGCGGAUGCCGCUGCGGCUGCCGCUGCUGCCGCUGCUGCUGCGAACUGCAAGGACGAAAGGCUUGCUACUGCCUUGUCAUCAGAUAAGCCCGAGGAGCAAAUCGCUGACAAGGACGCUUCCACUGAGCAGCAGGGCGACCUCGUCAAGGGCUUUGAGCCGGCGGAAGAGGCCAUCGAUGUUGAAGGCUCCUGGUUUCGGCAGCGCCUGGUGACUUCUCUGUUGAUGCGUUCCACCGCAAAUCCUCGUGCAGCCGCGGCUCUGGGGCUUCUUGAACCGCAAUCUCUCAAUUCCCAAGCCCCACAAGACUCAGCCCAAGACACCCACGAAGCCACGCUCCCCGUCGUUGGCAAUAGCCCGCUGACAGACCCUUUUUUCUGGUUUUCUUUCAUGCUUUCGGAUGCCGCCCUGGAGGCAGAGGCAGCAGAGCGCGCAGCGGCAGCGACAACGCAUGAAGGGCCUCUUGGAAUCCCCCUUCCUGGAGAGGGCAAGGACUUGAAUGUUUUGGAAUACCCUUUGCCGCCACACCCAGGGGCCCGGCCUGCAAAGAGGUAUUCAGCAAGGCAUCUGUCGUACAACUGUAGUAUCAUGACUUUUCUUGGGGCAGAUACCUUGCAGCGAUUGGAAGCAAGCUGCCCGGCGUUGCGGCCGUCCCUUCGACGGCUUCGACAGAAGGAGCCGCCCAAAGCGCCGCUUACAGAUAUUAGGCUAUUUGGUGUCGAUACACCCGAUUUCUCCGAGUUCAACUCUCGCUUGAGGUUUGAUCAGUCGCUUCUUUUGGGUGUUGGAGAGGCCCAUGUCUUUUCAGCAAGGACUCUAGCUCAGAGUUCCCCCGGGGCCCCCCCUGGGGGCCCCCUAGCAGGCCUUACCACUGCAGCCGGCUCAGUUAAACCCCCAGGGGGCCCCUCGGGAAUCUGCACGGAUGUAUUGCUUGCAUUGUGCAGCGGGGCCCGAAUCAGCAGCAGCAACAGCUUGUCUGCUGCAGUUUUCACCCAAGAGCAGCAGCAGAUGCGGAUACGGCUGCUACGGGCAGCGGCAAAGGCUGCCGCUGCAGCAGGAGGGGCAUCACAAGGGCCCCCCCAAAGCGCUCCAGGAGAAGGCGGGCCUGUGCCAUCCUCAGGAGCACGGGGGCCCCCAGUGAAGCGCCUCAAGACAGAUGCUUCGGAAGCAGAAGGCGCAAGCGUGGGAACAUUCACAAAAGUUGUGGCUGCCAGUGCAAGCGGUGAUGCUACAACAAAACCACCUGAGGAGGCCCCUGCCAGCGGUGCUGCCCUUGCGGAUGCAACAAAAGUGCAACAGGGUGACAGAGCGACCGAGUCGGCAGUCGUAACUGCAGGGGUGCCAGGAGUGACGACCCCUCCCAAGAACCUCCCUGGACACUUCGACGCGCUAUAUGACUUGCUGCUGACGACGCCACUACAGAGGCAGCAGCAGCAGCUGCUGCUCCAGCAGCAGCAAGGAGGAGUUCCUAGUACGCAGCUGCUGCAGCAACAGCAAUUGCAGCAGCAGCAGAUCCUCCAGCAGCAACUCCAGCAGCCACGCCUUGUACGCCCGGGGGCCGCUUUACCGGGCGCCCCCCUGGGGGCCCUUUCAGGAUCUCUUUCUGGGCCUCUGCCUGUUCUUGCACAGCAGCAGCAGCAGCUGCUCCGACAGAAUCGGCAGUUGCAUGCGUUGCAGCAGCUGCAUCAACAACAAGUGCGGGAACCCGCAAAGCAGCAGGCCUUCGUGCAGCAGCAAAUGCAGCAAGGCGUUGCUGCUGCUGCUGCUAGCGCAAGCGGAGCACUUGCGCUGCAGCCCUUUCCCGUAUUCCAGCAACAGCAGCACCCUCAGUUGCUCUUGCAGCAGCAGCAGCCGCAGCAGCUGUUGCAGCAGCAGCUGCUGCUGCAGAGGCAGCAGCAGCAGCUACACAUGCCCAGCCAGCAGCCCCCUGUGGCAGCACAUCUGUUGCAGCAGCUGCAACAGAUGCAGCCCCAGCAGCAGCAACCGCAGCAGCAGCUUGCUGGAUGGCCACAGCGGUGA